CUAGAAGCAUGCAAAGCAGCACGAGACCACGGGCGUAAAAGUUACGCUGGGUUGCUCUGAGCACGGCGUAAGCUCCUCAAACACUGUCAUCGCUCGUCGCACUGCUCAGUUUGCACCGCAAACGAGCACAGAGCGCGUAAAAUACUGAGAGCACCAAGUUGAAUACGCGCUGACAGCGUGCGCACACGCGCGCACCGUUGCUCCAAUCGUACACAAAAGGCCGCCAGCUGCUGCGCAUCGAUCGAGCGAGCGCAUUUCGCACCGCAAGCACUACAAAAAAAAAGAAAAUGGCACAAAAACCAAACGUACUGAUGCUCGGCACGGGUGAGUACACGACGGGCUGGGUCGGCAAAGCUUCCGAUAGUGACAAGUCGACGGGCGUCGUCGCGUUGGUCAUGUUGGAUCUGAAACGCCGCAACAAAAUAAAUAACCUAGCGAUGUGCGGCACGAGCGGCCCGAAGCUCCCGCAGAUUCGAGAACACAUGCGGAAGAUGCUUGGAGCGUAUGAAGGCAUCGAUCCCGGUGUAGUAAAGACGUUCCCCGCCGACGACGUGGUAGACCGCGAGGCCUACAAAGGAGCCAUCAGUACGCUAAAGAAGGGCGACUGCGCCAUCAUCUUCACGCCCGACGACACCCACUUCCAGAUUGCGGAGCACUGCAUCAAAAACGGCAUUCAUGUCAUGAUAACGAAGCCUCCCGUCAAAACUUUAGAGGAACAUAAUAAACUCGCAGCAUUGGCGAAAGAGCAGGGGGUGUUAUGCUGCAUCGAGGUCCAUAAAAGGUACGAUCCGAUAUAUCGGGACGCGCGCGACCGGAUCCAGCAGCUCGGCGCGUUUAGCUUCUUCCAGGCUUAUAUGUCGCAGCCGAAGCACCAGCUCGAGACGUUCAAGGUAUGAUGCGGCGUCCGGUUCCGCGCGUCGCGUCGACGGCGUCGGGGCGCGCGCGAGACAAAAAAACGACGCAGGCCUGGGCCGGCAAGUCUUCGGACAUUUCUUAUUAUCUAAACUCGCACCACGUCGACUUCCACGAGUGGUGCUGUUCCGGGAACGCGCGACCGGAACGAGUGGUAGCCCUAUCGUCAACAGGUGUCGCCCAAGCAAAAUUAGGCCGGCCCUGCGAGGACACGAUCACCUUGAGCGUCCAGUGGCGCACGCUAGCCACGAACGCCCUCGGCCACGCGUUGUACACGUCGAGCUGGGUCGCGCCCAAGGCCGACGUCCACAGCCAACAGCGGUGGUUCUACAUGGGCCAGUCUGGGGAAGUGACCGUCGACCAGGCCCAUAGGGGAUAUACGGUAUGUACCGAUUCCGGUGGAUAUGGGAGCGUGAACCCGCUCUUCUGGAAGCCGACGCCGUCCGACGGCAAAUUCGUCGGCCAGGCCUGCUACGGUUAUGUCUCGUUUGAGGCUUUCGUGGAUGCGGCUACGUCGGUGAAUUCUGGUGAGUUAACUCUCGACAGGUGCGACCGGGACCUGCCGACGAUGGCGUCGACGGCCGGCGCGACGGCUAUUUUGGAAGCGGGGAGGAGGUCCCUGGAUGCCAAUGGUGCGCCCUUCGACCUCAUUUAUCAGGACGACGCGUCUUGCACGCCCAUUGAUAUGAAGCCUAGCGCGUUCUAAGUUCACAACAAGUUA